AUGUAUCGGAAGUUGUCUAAGUUAGAACACUCGGAAAUAAAACAACUUCUUACAGAAGCUAAUAUAGAUGUUGCAAAGCAUUACGCAACAAACAAAAAGGCACUCGCUGACAUCCUCAAUGACUAUAAUGGUGCAAUAAGUUAUGAUAGAAUUCAUGAGUUCAUAAAGCCGCAACGCGGCGAGGACGAAGUCCAUGCAAUAGCAUGUCCUUUAAAUGACGUUGCUAUUGACUUAUAUCAUAGACGUUCAGUACCUCAUGAAGUAAGAAGAGAAAUGUUUGACAUAACAAAUGCGAACGUUGGUAAAACAAGAAGAGCUGUACCUCAUGAAGUAAGAAGAGAAAUGUUUGACAUAACAAAUGCGAACGUUGGUAAAACACGAAAGAGAGACGACACACUGAAACAACAGAGAAGAGAGAUGUUUAAGAGCGCUAUAGAACAAGUUCGCAAAGCUAACGAUGUCAUUCGUUCCAUUGACGACAAACCAAAAGAAGGUGAGAGAUGGUUAAAGAAAGAUGAAGAGAAUAGGAAGAGAAAUGUGAAGUCAGGCAAUAGACUCAUUGACUUUAACAUCGAAGCUUUAGAUGAACCAAACAGAGACUACUUACACAAACAUUUCGGUAAGGUUUUCAUGAGACUCUUAGAGAAAAUUAAAAUAAACUCACAACAGAGAUGGAUGGUAUGUUAUAAACUUGGUGGAAAGUAUGAAUGUUCUACGUUAAACCUCAAUAAUAUUGGAACAUUACUACAUCAGCUCUUGAAGGAGAACUUUAUAUCAGAGAUAGAAGCAAAUGCUGCAGGUAUUGUUGAAAUGCACUAU